GCCACGGUAGUCGCACAGUUUCGCGACUAUCAUGCUGAGAAAUUCUCUGGGCAGGGAGAUCCCCGUAUCGUGGACGAGUGGAUCCAGGGCCUUGAGUUGAUCUUCGAGGUCAUGGAAUGUCCAGACAGAUAUCGCGUAAUCUGCGCUCAGCUUCAGCUAACCGGCGAUGCCCGGCUCUGGUGGAAUGCCUACUGGAGCAUGCAUCCCGGCGAGAAGGAGGGAUGUACAUGGGAUAGGCUCAAGGAGCUGAUCCGCGAGAAGUACUACCCCACCUAUUACAGAGCAGAGAUGGAGCGUCAGUUUCUGUCGCUCAAACAGGGUACUCGAUUUGUUGACGAGUACGAAAGAGAGUUUACCAGACUUGCAGCUUUUGUUCCUGAUUUGGUUCGUACGGAGGCCCAGAGAGCACAGCGCUUUAUUGACGUGCUUUACCCAGCAGUCCGUCACAAUAUUGUAGGACACGGGACCCAGACGUAUGCUCGUGCAGUUUCUAUUGCCCAGGAGGUGGACGCCAGCAUCAGGAGGGAGGCCAUCCGUGAUCGUCCUCAGCCAUCCGCCCCCACCCAGUCAUCCACAGCUCCACCAGCCCUACCAGCUGCCCAGCCGACGAAGGAAAAGAAGAGGAAGGGGAAGUGUGCUCAGACUGACAGGAGGACCAGACAGAGACAGCAGCAGGUUCCACCGUGCCCGACUUGUGGACGACUUCAUCUGGGAGAGUGCCACAUGGGCCAGGAUAUUUGCUACUACUUCCACGAGCCCAGACAUUUUGUUAGCCGCUGUCCGAAGAGACUUCAGCAGCAGCCCCAGCAGCCUCAGCAGCCACCACAACAGCAGCUGCCCCGUCAGCAGGCUCAGAGGCCGCCUCAGCAGCAGCAGCAGAGGGGCAGACAGCAGGCCCGAGUCUACGCGGUUGAUCAGGCCGAGGCAGCGCAGGAGCCAGGUACUAUGUCAGGGAUGGUUGUGCUUAAUAAUAUUCCUGUUUUCGCUUUGUUCGAUACUAGAGCAACGCAUUCUUUCAUUUCACGACGAUGUCUUGAUGCCAUCGGGGUUCACGCUAUCACCGCUGUCGAUCCUCUCGAGGUGAGUUUAGCCUCGGGACGAAAGAUAGUGACCUCAACUAAAGCUUCAGAUCUCAGCCUUUCCAUCGGUGGCCGAGUAUUGUCUACUGACGCAUAUGUUCUCGAGAUGAGGGACUUCGACCUUAUUCUCGGAAUGGAUUGGCUAUCCUUUUAUCAUGCAGAUAUCAGAUGUCAUGACCGGGAGAUUACUCUCUAUCUUCCGGGAGACGAUUCGAUUACCUUCUUUGGCAGCAAGAAUCGUUCAUUGCCUCAUGUUGUUUCAAUGGCGAAAGCUACCAAGUUGCUACGACGAGGCAACUGCCAGG